UUUGUGAGCUCAUCAGUACAAUACCUUGCUUCUGUAGUGCAGUAAAGUUGAUGUGAAAUUUAUUUGAAAUUAGAAUCUAAAAUAAGACUAAAACAGAGUGAGUCAUAAAGAGAGAGAGAGAGAUAAACAGAGAGAGAGGUUUCUUAUACAGACAGACUGAAGCACCAAGCCCACGCCCACCCCUGGCCUGAUAAAUACAUUGUUUCACUAAAUUGAUGCCAGAGCAUAAACUCCCUGUGUCAAAGGCAAAAACUCCCACUCCGUCUCCGCAAGUGUCUUCUUGCUCGGGAGCCGAGAGCUCAGAGUGCCUCUCCUCAAAUGCGGCUUCUCCACUGAUGGGAAUGACCGACUGCCCUGGUGUUCUUUAGUGGCUGUGCUUCUCCCAGGACCUAGCAGCGCUACAGCAGAGCUUCCCCAUCUCUCCACACGUGAAUGGUUCAUUGGAGGUAAAAAUACGCAUGAAGAGGGAAUCUACUGAUCCCAGUGUACUGCAGACUGUUAACUUCGAAAGGCAACAGAAGAUUAUACACAUUCAUUACCAGAAGGGAGACAGGGACGCCUCCUGAGAUGGACAAGCUCCAACCCCAGAGAGAGAGCUCGAGAAUGGUCUUCAUCCAUCUCCACUGACUCCUGAGAAAAACAGAACCUCAGCACCCAGAACAGGGUACUGUAAAGCAGGGCCAAGGAUCUGGGAAAGGAAGAGAAAUGAGCCAGAAACAGGCCCAGUCGCUCCCGGCCUCCAGGAGAAAGGACGUGAAAUACAUUUUCGACCACUACGCCUCCGGUGCGGACAGCCUGCACGCGGGCGGCCUGCUCCGGUUCCUCCAGAUGGAGCAGGCGGAGCCUGGGGCCGAUGACGCCAUGGCGGAGAAUCUGAUUGACAAGUAUGAGAUUGAUGAGACAGAGCGGAAGAGCAGGACGAUGACGUUCCCCGGCUUCCUCCGGUACAUGGAGUCCAGGGACUGCAGCGUGCUGAACCAGGAGCACACGCGCGUGUACCAGGACAUGGGCCGGCCUCUCUGCCACUACUUCAUCUCCUCCUCCCACAACACCUACCUCACCGCCGACCAGCUGGUGGGGAAGAGCCACCUGUUUGCAUACGAGAGCGCCCUGCGAAAAGGAUGUCGAUGUCUGGAGAUCGACUGCUGGGACGGACCUGACCUGGAGCCGAUUGUGUAUCACGGCUACACCCUGACCAGCAAGAUCCUGUUCAGGGACGUCAUCAGCACUAUCGCGGAGCACGCUUUCCAGGUUUCCCCCUACCCUGUGAUCCUGUCCCUUGAGAACCACUGCCACCUCCCUCAGCAGCAGGUCAUGGCCCAAUACAUCACCACUAUCCUGGGGGACAGGCUCCUGGAUGCCGGCCUAGACCUCAGCUCCUCCGCCGAGCUGCCCAGCCCACAGAAGGGGAAAGUGAAGGUGGCGGUGGAGCUGUCCAACCUGGUCAUCUACACCAAGUCCGUGAAAUUCGUGAGCUUCAGCCACUCCAGGGAGAGCCAGUGCUUCUACGAGAACACCUCCCUCGGGGAGAAGAAGGCCCACAAGCUCGCCCUGAAAUCAGGUCCCGAGUUCGUCCUCCACAACGCCAGAUUCAUCAGCAGGAUUUAUCCAGCCGGCUCCCGCACGCUGUCCUCCAACUACAACCCCCAGGAGUUCUGGAACAUGGGCUCCCAGCUGGUGGCUUUGAACUUCCAGUCCCUGGGAUUGCCAAUGGAUUUGAACAACGCCCGUUUCCGAGACAACGGGGGGUGCGGCUAUGUCUUGAAACCACACUUCCUGAGGAGCCACGGGGCGACCUUUGACCCUAGCUCCCUCCCGCCGGACCUGAAGCCUGUACAGGUCCUGAUGAAGGUGAUAAGCGGGUCCAACCUCCCCAUCUCCAAAGCUGGCAAGCCCAUCGACCCCUACGUCCGCGUGGAGAUAACCGGGGUCCCGGCCGACUGCCGGAGGAUACAGAGCGAACCCGUCAAGCACAACUCGCUCAGCCCCAAGUGGGACGCCUCCAUGAACUUCACCGUCGGCGUUCCCGAGCUGGCCCUGAUCCGCUUCACCGUCCGGGACCACGGCCUCCGCCCUGCCAACGACUUCAUGGGCCAGUACACCCUCCCUUUCACCAGCAUGAAGAAAGGUUACCGGUGGGUGCCUCUUCUGUCCCGGGAGGGGCAUGAUCUGGAUCCAGCCUCGCUCUUCAUCUUUGUGUGGCACUCCUAAGCCACCAGCCUCAUCCUCAUCCAUGUAAAUCAGAGCUACAUACAUCUCUGGUGCUGCACAGAGAGCGGUACUACUGUGUGUACGUGUGUGUGUGUGGAACAGGAAACAAAGACAACCCCAUUGGUCUUAUAAAUGAACUUUUCUUUCACCAGAAAAUAAAUUCUGAAACACUCUUCAAAUACAUAUUUGCUCCAUUCUAAUUCCAACCAGCUUGUGUUCGAUUGACAGUAAGUAAUACAGAUCUAUACAUA